UUUUUUUUAAAAAUGACGGCUGAUGGUUUGGAUGUCGAUAAUUUGAUCACACGGCUUUUGGAAGUUCGUGGCUGCAGGCCUGGCAAGACUGUGCAAAUGACAGAAAAUGAAAUUCGAGUUCUUUGCAUCAAGGCUCGUGAGAUUUUUCUUUCGCAACCUAUUUUGUUGGAAUUGGAGGCGCCGUUGAAGAUUUGUGGCGAUAUUCACGGUCAAUAUAACGACCUUUUACGGCUUUUCGAAUAUGGAGGGUUUCCGCCUGAAGCGAAUUAUUUAUUUUUGGGGGAUUAUGUGGAUAGAGGAAAGCAGAGUUUGGAGACCAUUUGUUUGCUGUUGGCCUACAAGAUCAAAUACCCGGAAAAUUUCUUUUUGCUGAGAGGCAACCAUGAAUGCGCUUCUAUCAAUCGAAUAUAUGGAUUUUACGAUGAAUGCAAACGCAGAUUUUCUAUAAAAUUAUGGAAAACAUUUACUGAUUGCUUCAAUUGUCUGCCAAUUGCUGCUUUGAUCGAUGAGAAAAUAUUUUGUUGCCAUGGAGGUUUGUCACCAGAUUUGCAGAAUAUGGAACAAAUUCGAAGAAUUAUGCGACCGACGGAUGUGCCAGAUACAGGUCUUCUCUGUGACCUUUUAUGGUCUGAUCCAGACAAAGAUGUCCAAGGAUGGGGAGAGAAUGACCGUGGAGUCUCUUUCACUUUUGGGCCUGAUGUAGUUGCAAAAUUUUUGAAUCGACACGAUUUGGAUUUGAUUUGUCGAGCACAUCAGGUUGUUGAGGAUGGUUAUGAAUUCUUUGCCAAACGUCAACUUGUAACACUUUUUUCGGCUCCUAAUUAUUGUGGAGAAUUUGAUAAUGCUGGUGGAAUGAUGUCUGUGGAUGAAACUCUUAUGUGCUCUUUCCAGAUUUUGAAGCCGUCAGAGAAAAAAGCAAAAUAUCAAUAUGCGGGCUUAAACAGCGGUCGUCCAGUUCAAUCACCACAACAGCGUAGCAGUCCAGCUGUUCCGCAACAAUCUCAACAGCAAGGACCUCCAAGCAAGAAGAAAUAAAUGAGGGAUGAAUGAAGGAAGGAAUGUUUUUUGUGUCUAUAUAAUUAAAUUUGGAAGUGAGGAGGUUUAUUUUAUUUUUUGCUGUAUCUGAAGACAGGAAAAAAAUUUUUUUGAAAUUUUUGGAAAAUUUUUUGGGAAUUUUUCGGAGAUUUUUUCCUGCCCUUUUUUCUCUGA